UAGCUAGACCUCCGUCUGCGCACGCGCACAAGUAUUCUCUUGUAUCCUAGCAACGGCACAGCUUUACUUUGCAUAACCGUGUUAGCUUGGUUGUUUGUUUGUUUGUUUGUUUGUUUGUUUGUUUGUUUGUUUGUUAGUUAGCUAGCUAAUAGACCGCUGUAUCAUAAUGAAAGCUACUUCAUUUGAUUUUGCGCUCUAAAAAAAAGGUUUAUGAUGGACAAUGUUCAUCUUGUGGCCGAGGAUGAAGAUGAUCUGUAUUCAGGUUACAAUGACUACAAUCCCACAUUCGACUCAGAGGAGCUGGACAAUGAUGUUGGCUUUCAGCAAGCUGUGAGGACGAGUCAUGGCAGACGACCACCUAUGACUGCAAAAUUUCCUGGCACCGCUGUUGGAGGAAGACCCAUAGGAACGUCCUUUGGCCUACGGACGACUAUGGGUUCUUCAAUGGGAAGGCCUAUGACCGGGGCAGUGCAGGAUGUGGCUGCUCGUCCCAUGACUGCAGUGCGAGCAGCAGGAUACUCGUCCUCUCUGGCUAGAGGCUCUACUUUUGAUCCACUCGGACAGUCAAGAGGUCCGGCUCCUCCGUUAGAAGCAAAAAACGAAGACACGCCAGAAGAGAAGAUUAAGAUAUUGGAAAAGAAAGUGAAUGAUCUGAUUGAGGAGAGCUGUAUAGCCCAUGCAAGUGGCAAUCUACAGCUGGCUCUAGAAAAGGCCAAAGAAGCUGGUAGGAAAGAAAGAGUGUUGUUGAGACAAAGAGAGCAAACUGGUACUGCGGAUCAUAUCAAUUUGGAUUUAACCUAUUCAGCGCUGUUUAAUUUGGCAAAUCAGUACGCUAACAAUGACAUGAACACAGAAGCCUUGAACACAUACCAGGUCAUUGUGAAGAACAAGAUGUUUAACAAUGCAGGGCGACUGAAAGUGAACAUGGCUAAUAUCUACUUUAAACAGAAGAACUACCCCAUGGCAAUUAAAUUUUAUCGUAUGGCUUUGGACCAAAUCUCUAAUGUGCACACAGAGAUGAGGAUCAAGAUCAUGCAGAACAUUGGUGUUUCAUUCAUACGCAUGGGCCAGUACUCGGAUUCCAUAACCUCCUUUGAGCACAUUAUGAGUGAGAGUCCCAACAUAAAGACAGGCUUCAAUCUAAUUCUAUGCUACUAUGCGAUUGGAGACCGUAAAAUGAUGAAAAAAUCUUUCCAGAAACUAAUCUGUGUGCCCCUGGGCAUUGAUGAGGAAGAGAAGUACAUCCCUUCAAAUGAUGACCCCCAUGCAAAUUUACUGAUCGAAGCCAUCAAAAACGAUCAGCUUCAUCAAAUGGAGCGAGAGAGAAAAGCUUUGGCUGAGAAGUACAUCAUGACGUCAGCAAAGCUUAUUGCUCCAGCUGUUGAGCCCACUUUCGCAGCUGGUUUUGACUGGUGCGUAGAUAUGGUUAAAGGUUCGCAGUAUGUGGAGCUGGCCAAUGAUCUAGAGAUUAACAAAGCGAUCACGUACCUGAGACAGAGGAACUUUAACCAGGCAGUGGACACGCUGAAAGCUUUUGAGAAGAAAGACAGCCGGGUGAAGAGUGCUGCUGCUACCAACCUUUCCUUUCUCUACUUCUUGGAGAAGGAUUUUGACCAAGCUGAUCGCUAUGCUGAAUUGGCCAUGAAUGCUGACCGCUACAAUCCUGCUGCCCUCAUUAAUAAAGGCAACACGGUGUUUGUGAAGGAAGACUAUGAGAAAGCAGCUGAGUUUUAUAAAGAAGCACUGCGGAACGACUCAUCCUGCACAGAGGCUCUUUAUAAUUUAGGGUUGACCUAUAAGAAACUGGGGCGGUUGGAAGAAGCCCUCGACUGCUUCCUGAAGCUCCAUGCCAUCCUUAGGAACAGCACUCUAGUUAUGUAUCAGCUGGCCAAUCUAUAUGAGAUGUUGGAGGAUCCUCACCAGGCUAUCGAGUGGCUCAUGCAGCUGAUCAGUGUCACCCCAACGGACCCUCACGUACUGGCCAAACUGGGAGAGUUAUAUGACAAUGAAGGUGACAAGUCACAAGCCUUCCAGUACUAUUACGAGUCUUUCAGAUACUUCCCGUCCAACAUUCACGUCAUUGAAUGGUUGGGAGCAUAUUAUAUAGACACACAGUUUUGUGAAAAGGCAAUUCAGUAUUUUGAAAGAGCAGUCCUCAUCCAACCAAAUCAUGUUGUGUGGCAGUUGAUGGUGGCUAGCUGUUACAGGAGAAGUGGAAAUUAUCAGCGAGCACUCGAGACCUAUAAGGACAUUCACCGCAAAUUCCCUGAAAACGCAGAAUGUCUACGAUUCCUUGUGAGGCUGUGCACAGAUAUGGGGUUAAAGGAGGUACAAGAUUAUGCCACUAAACUCAAAAAAGUGGAAAAGAUGAAGGAGAUCAGAGAACAGAGGGUGAAGUCGGGGAGGGAGAACAGUGCUCGAGGCCGGAGAGAAGGCAGCGCCAGCAGUGUGAAUCAAAACGAGAGUACUCCAAAGACCAUGCACACUCCCCCUCACAAAGUCAGUGAUAUGGAGAUCAAGCCAGGAACAAUGCAUGGUACAGUGCAAAGAGUAAACCAACACCUCUUAACCUGUGCCAUCACAGUUCUCCUGUGAACUAAACAACAGCCAGCAGGACUCUCAGACGUGGCCGGGUCAGCCUGGUUACGGUCUUACGGAAACCGCUGUAAUAAACUGAAUCGCAAUAUGAGAUCCAGACAUGAUAUGCAACAUUAGCUAGAAUGACAAAUAUUGCAAAAUUGUGUAUCAUUUUACUGAACAUCCCCUCAUUAUCUGCCCUUCAGCAAAUAUGCACACACAUUUAACUAGCGCUACAAAACAGUUGCUUAAUCCAGUGGUUUUCAAAGUGGGGGCCGCCAGGGGGCGCACGGGGGGCCCUCAACAAUUUGGUGUGAAAAAUCAGUUCUCACUCUCGGACAACCACACACACACACACACAAUCAAUUCCUAAUGUAAUGUAAAAAUGUAAGUUGUAAUUAUUAAUAAAGAAAAAAAGGGGGAUAUAUUCAGAAGUCUGUAUUUUUAAUGUGUUUUAAAGACAUCUUGCAAAAGGGGGGCCUCGGUCAAAUGUUUAUGCCAUCUGGGGGGCCUUGCCCUGGAAAAGUUUGGUAACCCCUGGCUUAAUCAGUUGCUUUAAAACUGCUGAAAUUGAUAAUAAGCAUCAUUCUUGUUCUUAUAAAAACAGAAAUAUCCCUCAGUAUGAAUGACUGAAUUCCAGUUUGGAGUUAAAUUUUGUAUGGAUGGUGAUACGAGUGAUUUUUUUCCACUUGGUCAAAAUGGAAAGAUAAUCAUUUCCCCCUUUUCUCUAUUUUGUUUUAUUAUUCUGAGGACUAUUUCAAUUUUCACUGUUAUCUGGCUUUCAGUCUUGGGUCUGUCUUAGAGUGAUCUAUUUGUGCCUUUUUUUUUUUUUUUUUUGCAGCCAGGAUAUGAAUACAGUGGAAUGGCAAACUUUGCCAUGGUGCCUAGUGAAAGUGUAUUGCUUUAGAAAUAGUCCUGUGUCACAACACUUUUUUGUUUCUGUUGUGUAGAUGAGCUCUGACCUGGGACAAAGACUAACAAUAAUAGUUGUUAUCCUGACCUUUUCAAGAGGUUCUUGAAUUUUUUUUAUUAUUAUUUUUGUAAAUGAAACUUCCAACAUGUCUGUGUG